ACAUUUCAGGUCACUUUACCUGAAUCCGUUCACCUGAGCACACCUGAGCACACCUGCCUACCUGCGACAGGACGAAGGAGCUCAACCAUCAACAAGGGGCCACUGCAACCAGGAGAGAGGAGCUUCACAAAGCGUUAAGGGCAUCUCUCUUAUUUGACUGGAGACCCAGGGCACAGUAAGAUGGCUUCAGCAGCAGCCUGGCUGUGGAUCCUCUCCGUCGCUGCACAGCAAGCUUGGAGUACCUCCCUGCCCAUGAAGCCAGCGAUGAACUUCACCUUGCAGGGAUUCCCAGCGGCUUACCUGAGGACUGCAGAGAGACUGGUGUCCCAAUGUUUUGGAAACGAUAACAGCAUUCCUCAGAGACUGGCAGACCUCCUGGGCAGCUCCACGGUGCUGUUUGAGAACAUGACACGCCCCCUCCCUGUCUUCCUGCCGCCCCUCCCUCUGCUCAACGGCAUGAUCUUCAUGAACAAGGCUGACGAGGAUUUCUUCCGCUCUCUGGAGAUGCUGAGGAACAUAUCGGGUGAUGUCCCUCAUUCUCUCCUGUGCCCCCUGCACAGCAUGGCUGCCCCCCUGGCCUGGUCCACUCUGCUGGGUUCUGGCAGUGCCUUGGACCCGGCCCGGUUCAGGCUGUUGCUGUGGGGGGCGGAGCCGCUGAUCCGAUUGGGGCUGCAGCCGGACUCGCUGAGCGCACUGCCCAUGGCGGGAUUCAACAUGGGGCAGAGAGAGACCAUGAUGGGCGUGUUCAACCAGCACUACGACGUCCUGCCCCCCGGCGACAGAGAGAAGCUCCUCCAUUGGGUGAAGCACUGCGUUGCCAUGGAAAUGUUCAACUGCAGCAUGGGACAGCCAAUGGGAAACGGAGGCAAAUCUGAGAAAGACCCCCGAGUGAAAUGCCCUCCACGGCUCCGCUGGCUGAAAGCGCACACGAUGGCAGUGCUGGGGCGCUUCCUGUCUCUAGUCCCGCCCUCGGAGCUUGAGGAUAUCCAAUCGGAUGAGCUCUGUUAUUUCUUCAAUCACUCGCUCUCGGAGUCGAUGUUCAGCAACAUGUACGACCUGAACCACAGACAGGGGCGGAGCCUGCUGAGCAAGCUGAUGACAGGCUGCCUGGACCCCGCCCACAACGAGGAGAGCAUCGGCAGGCUGGGAGCGCUCGCUUGUUUCUAUGACAACGUGGGCGCCCUGAGCGACAACGCCAGCCGGAGCCUUCUACCCCUGCUGAGUGACUGCAGAAACCCUGGAAUCAAACAGCUCCAGCGACAGCUUGCGGAGAAGGUGCUGGGGUCCGGGCCCCUGACCAAGCAGAUGAUGGUCACCCUGGGCCCAGCGGCCCCCGCCCUGUCCCUGGCUCAGCUGUGCAGCCUCUCCGCGGCCGAUAUCCAGGACAGCCUGGCCUCUCUGGCCAGGGUGAGCUGGAGGAGAGAGCAGGCCAGCGCUCUGGCCAGCAAAUACCUGAGCAAGGUGCAGAUCUCCUCUCCAGACGACCUCAUGAAGAUGGGGACCUUGGUGAAGGGGGUGUCCAGCGCGGUGCUGGGGGCCCUGAAGGGGGACCAGCUCCUGAGGGCCAGCGGACUGGAGGAGACGGCGAGGACCCUGUCCCCCCUGCAGAGAAAAGCCCUGGUCAAUGCGAUCCAGAGGGAUGUCAAUGCCUCCACGCUGCUCCAGUCCUUGGCGGGCUCUCUGGUUGGCAGCCUGGCUCUCCACACGCUCCAGCAGGCCUCCGUUGACUCGGUGGGGGUGAUCCAGGGCAAGAGCUGGAACCGGGGCCAGGCAGCUCACCUGGUAAAGAAGCUGUUUAGCAGGGGGAUUCAGCCCAGCGACAUCAGGAUGCUGGGCUCUGCUCUGCAGGGCGUCACGUGUGACCUGAUCGAUUCCAUCGGAGAUCAGAACAUGCUGGAGACGGCAGCCAUCCUGUCUGAGAACAAGGCCUGGCUCUCUCAGCACCAGCUGGCCUGCUCUGCUAAGAAGCUGUGGGCUGCUCUCAAUCGAACCCGCGCUGAUUACUUCGGCAGCAUGAAUAAUUCCGAGCUGCAAGACGUCCCUCCUGUCUUCCUGCUGCACCUGACGCUCCCUCAGCUCUCCAGUCUCCCUGCUCGGGUGUGUCCUUGCUUGCUUGAGAAGUUGUCUGCAGUCGAUCUCUCUCUCCUCCCCAGGAGGUCUCCCCUGCGUCCGGCUCUCCGAGAGAAAGCCUUCGCCUGUCUGAAUAAGACGGCACGUGGUGCAUCCGUGGAUGACGUGGCUCUGCUGGGGCCCCUGAUCUGUGAGCUGAGCCCCCAGAACAUGUCAGAUGUGGCCCCCGCAGUGUUCAACGCCAGCCUGGCCCUCCUCACACAGUGCAGGCAGCUUCGCAUCGAGCAGAGAGGGGCGGUGACUGCCAGGAUAGAGGAGCUGAACGGGAAACCCUCUGAUUGGUCGGCGGAGGUGGUGAUGUCACUGGGUCCCUUGCUGGCUCUGUUCAAUAGCAGCUCCCUUCGCACUGUGUCUAACACGCUCCAGAUGAAGGACACCCUGACUGACCUGCUGUCCUCCCAGCCCCCCCCUCCCCUCACCCCCGCCCCUCUGGAUUUCGAUACCUACCUGAACCUGUCCAGCGUCCAGGAGACCCUGUUCCACCUCAGCACCUCCCACCAGCGGACCCGCAGGGCAGUUUCCUGUCCAGUGUCCCCCACCCUGCAGGAGAUUCUGGACCUGGGGGGCGCCAAUGUCCACUGGUCACCCGACCAGCUGUCCUGCAUGUCCAACAAGACCUUUGUGGACGGCCUGUCCACUCUCGCGGCGGUCAACGGCUUCGCUGACCAGCAACUCGCGGCUCUCAAGGGUCAAGCCGUCCAGGCUUGGGGACCCCCCUCGGGGUACAGCGCAGAGCAGACCCUGGCGCUGGGGUGCCUGCUGCCCGCGUUCAACUCCUCUGAGCUGGGCCUGGUCGAGGUCAGCUCAGUGGACACUCUCUCAGCUGUGGCUCCGUGCUCCGGAUGGACGCAGGAGAAGCGGGCCGCCCUGCUCCAGCGCUACCUGCAGCAGUCCCUCCUCACCCCCUCCUCCCUCGGGGCCGUGCAGCUGGCCGGACUCGGGGGCUUCCUCUGCGGGAUGAGCGAGGCGCAGGUGUCCCAGAUCAACGUCGAGGCGUAUAGGCUCGCUGCUGCGAUGGUCGGAGCGGUCAGCUGCUCUCCCUCCAUCAUGGGGGCACUGAAGAGCAAAGCGGUCAGCAGCUUCGGAGACGUGAAGAACUGGACAGCGUCCGAGCUGAGUGAGAUCGGGAACGUGCUGGCUGGUGCCAGCGCUGCGGAGCUGAAGACCCUGGACCCCUCAGCCAUGCCCUUCAUCUCCCCCUCAGCCAUCCCUCUGAUCCCAGCCGACCGGCUAGCGACACUGUCGGUCACCCAGCUGAGAGCCUUGGGUCCUGUGAACGCUGCCAUGGUAACGGGGGAGCAGGCUGCAGUGCUGAGCCAGGCCCAGAGGGAGGCGCUGUCCGACGCGGUGGGGGUUGCCGUGGAGAGAGCUGUUGUCGUCGUUGUCAAGGAGACCGGAACAGCUGCCCCUCUGAAAGGAGGGUCUGAUCAGCUGGGGAUACUGGGAAUGCUGGUCCUGGUGCUGCCCCUCCUCCUCCUCACCUUGGCACCAUAAUCACAGCGUUUUAAAAUGUUCAGUUCAAUUUGUGAUUUAAAAGAAAAUGAGUCUUUACAGGCAACUUUCAAUUCUGUAGUCUCUUCUAUCAAUUAAUAUGUGCAGCUGACCCUGUCUCUUCUAUCAAUUAAUAUGUGCAGCUGAUCCUGUCUCUUCUAUCAGUUCAUAUGUGCAGCUGACCCUGUCUCUUCUAUCAUGUAAGUUGUGUAACUGAUAGAAAGACUGUGUUUAAUUUGCUGAAGCUGAUCGCUCUAUAUCUGUAUCUGUAUAUCUAUAAUCUGUAGAACUCAGUAAAUAAAUAGAUAGAUAGAUAUGCAA